AUGGGGUUCUUCGCGCGCCUUUUCGGGCUGUCCAAGAAGAAGACCAAGGCACGCGACGUGAACGUCCUCAUCGUCGGCCUGGACAACAGCGGCAAGACGUCGAUCAUCGAGAAGAUGAAACUCCAGACCGGCGGCAGUCGGAGACGCGCGCAGGGCGCGAACGAGGUCACGCCGACGGUGGGUUUCAACGUCGACACGUUCAGCAAGGGGGGCGUCGCGUUCACGGUCUUCGACAUGUCCGGCGCGGGUCGGUACCGCAACCUCUGGGAGCAGCACUACCGCGAGGCGAAGGCGGUGAUGUUCGUCGUCGACAGCGCGGAUAAGCUCCGGCUGUGCGUCGCGAAGGACGAGCUCGACGCGAUGCUGUCGUCGCGGGAUUUACGCGGGAAGCCGUUUCUGUUCUUCGCGAACAAGGCGCGUCCUCCUUCACACUGGUCCCCAUACGACCGCAUGGACGUCCCCGCGGCGUUGUCGCCGGUGGACAUCGCGCAAGGGCUGAGCCUGGACGAGAUCGAUCAGCAUCCGUGGCAGAUCGUGCCGUCGAACGCGCUGACCGGGACGGGGUUGCAGGAGGGCGCGGACUGGCUCACGAACUUCUUGGCGAAGUGA